CCAGGCCGGGACGAUGGUCAAGUAUUUCCUGGGCCAGAGCGUGCUCCGAAGUUCCUGGGACCGAGUGUUCACCUCCUUCUGGCAGCGGUACCCGAACCCCUACAGCAAACAUGUCUUGAGGGAAGACCUAGUACACCGGGAGGUCACCCCUGACCGGAAGCUUCGGUCCUGGAGCCUCCCGACCAAUACCAACAGGAUGCCCCGCUGGGCGGAGCGACGGUUUCCUGCCAACGUUGCCCACUCGGUAUACAUCCUGCACGACUCCAUUGUGGACCCACAGAAUCAGACCAUGACCGCUUUCACCUGGAACAUCCACCACGCCCGGCUGAUGGUGGUGGAGGAACGGUGCGUUUACUGCGUGAAUGACAGCAGCGGGGAAGCCUGGGUCUCCUCCAUCUUGUUUGCUGUCAGGAGUUCGGUCUUGCCCGGCCGGUUCAAAAGCAACGGAACCAAGACGAUGAAAGGCUUUGAGUACAUCCUGGCCAAGCUACAAGCUGAGCCCCCUUCCAGAACAUUUGUGGAGACAGCCAAGGAAGCCAAGGAGAAAGCCAAGGAGAUGGCACUGGCAGCUACAGAAAAGGCCAAGGACCUGGCCAAACAAUGCCGCCAGCAAGCAGCAGCUGCUGCAGCUGUUUGUCUCAUGGUCCAACCCCGCCCUCCCCAUAAUUCACGAUUGAAAAUCAACUUCAAUAAACAGAUCAGGUAG